AUGAUCCGCUGCUUUGCUCUUGUGUUGUCGGUAGUGUCGAUUACCUUGGCAGUCCCAUUGCAGGUUGAUCUAGGGUACUCCAUCUAUCAAGGCGUUGCGAACUCCACCACAGGUCUUACAACUUUCAAAGGAAUUCGCUAUGCGGCUCCUCCUUUGGGUUCCCUACGAUGGCAAGCCCCUCUGCGCCCUGCCGUCAAUCGAACUGCUGUCAUCAGUGCCGCCGACUUUGGCCCAGCUUGUCCAAACAGUCCUCUUAGUUUAGGUGUCCUUGGAACCUUUGGCGCUAUACCCGGUGACGAAGAUUGCUUGAAUCUUAAUGUGUAUGCGCCGACCACUGCCCCAGGUACUAGGUUGCCUGUUCUGGUGUAUAUCCAUGGUGGUGGGUAUGGUGCUGGAGACGGGAAGCAAGAUAUGACUUCCAUUAUCAACACCAAUGGCAAUUCCUUCAUUGCCGUUACCAUACAAUAUCGUCUCGGUGCUUUCGGAUUCUUGUCAUCUGCCAUUGUGAAGGCUAACGGGGUUCUCAAUGCCGGGAUCCUGGAUCAAAAUUUUGCUUUGCAGUGGGUACAGAAUCAUAUUAGCUGUUUUGGCGGCGAUCCAACUCGCGUUACAAUUUCAGGAGAGUCGUCGGGAGGUGGUUCAGUCAUGUUGCAUGACUUGGCUUACGGAGGAACUCUAGGAAACUCUCUUUUCAUAAACUCGAUUUCCGCUUCACCAUAUUUGCCGAUGCAAUGGGGAUAUGCUGAUUCCGUGCCCACGAACUUCUUCAUUGCUUUUGCCACAGCAGCUGGCUGCCCUACUUCAGCCAAGACGACCAUGAUUUGUCUGCGUUCAAAGAACAGCACCGUUCUACAGAAUGCUUCUUUCGCCGUAUCUGGGUCUGGUGAAUAUGGAACGUGGGCUUUCCCACCAGUGACAGAUGGAACCUACAUCCAGCAACGGCCAAGCCAAGCUCUGCUACAAAAGAAAGUCAAUGGCAAAAGACACCUUUCAGGGAACUGCGCCAACGAGGGAAACCUCUUCCAUCAGCCGAUUGCUUCACUGAGUGAUUUCAAUGCCUGGGUCAACCUUACCUUCCCGCUAUUCACAGCAGACGACAAAGCUGCCCUUGCAACCUACUAUCCCAUAACCGUAUCCUACCAAGAAACUGCCUCUGAAAUAUUCGCCGAAACCACAAUCGUCUGUCCCUCCUACUGGCUCGCAGAAGCCUACUCCCCCUCCCCCCUAACAGGAUAUAAAUUCCAAUACUCCGUCCCCGUCGCACUCCACUCCACAGACCUCCCAGCGUAUUUCGGGCCGCCAACCCCAAAUCAAGGUCCCGAUUUCGUGAAAGCUUUUCAAACAAUAUGGGGCAAUUUCGUAACCCUGAACAACCCCUCCAUCUCCAACACCAUCGCCAACGGGGCUUCUGCGCCAAACCCAUCUGCCCCCAAUGCAGCAUCAGCCUGGCCAGCAUAUACACGCAAUAACCCGGCAAUGAUCAAUCUUAAUGAGACGGGAGGAACGCUUACGAAUGCUAGUUCUUUUGGAUUGACUGUUUUGGAGUAUUUUGAGCCAGGGCUACUGAAUAAUAUCACUUUGGUUAAUGCGGCGACAUGGGAGAAUGGCAGGGGAGCGAGGUGUGAUUGGUGGAGGGGAAUUAGCGCGGAUGUCCCUGAGAAGAUGUAAGUGGGGAUGGAGAGGUUGAAGCUGGCGCUGGGGUAGGUUCUAGAAAAGGAAAUAUUGAUCACAGGAUGGAUAAAUGCGAUUUUGAGUGUGCCUUUUGUUUGCGGUAAUGUGGAACAGAAUUUGGUUCCAUCUUUGGUGUUCGAGCAAUGAGCUAUUAUGCGAAUCAAGAGUACAGCAUACGUCCC